GGGUGCGGUGCAUUCUGGGAGUUGUAGUCCGCCCGCGGCCUAGCUGCUAUGGCGGUUAGACGAGGGCUAGCUUCACGUUUUCCAGCAUAAAAACGUAGUAUCGCUAAGGUUGAGAAAGAAGAUCCCAAGUCCAACCCCAAGCCAUCCCACUGUGCUCACUGAUGUUGUUCCUCAGUGCUGGAUCUCCACGGUCCUUGAGCACCUCCAGGGAUGGUGACCCCACGCCCUCCCUGGGCAGCAGUGCCAGUGCCCGACUGCUCUUCCAGAGAAUGGUUUCCUCACUUUCCACCUGAAUCUCUCCUGGUGCAACGUGAGGCCGUCGCCUCUCAUCCCGUCAUUGUUACCUGAAGGCAGAGGCUGGCUCGCACCUCACCACAGCUUUUCACUGUGCUCACUGUGCCUGCUGGCUCAAUCUCUAUCCCAGGAAGAAUCACAGCCUUUAUUCCUGGCCUGAUGUAGGACUUAUUAAUCUGCCACUGGCUGUGCCCCUUGAAGGAGCUCCCACAGUUUGGCUGUGUGCAGUUGGGAAGCUAUUGUGAUUGGUGCCAUUCAUGUUGGACUUGAGGAGGGGAAGCCGUAAACUGAGACACCAGCAGUUGACCUUUACCACAUCCCAACUGUUAGAGUAAAGCUGGCAGCUUUGCUAAGUGUGAAAUGAAUAUCGCACCCAAUGAAGCUAGUGGCUAAAUUUGUGUCUUAAGUAUUAAACAGGAGGGGCACAUAGUGAUAGCCUCUUCCUGCUGCUGACUUGAGCUGAAGACGUCCCAUGGUUUGUAAAGCUCGGCACUGCUGCCUUUUGGAUUGCAUGGAAAGGGGCAGUGAGCAGGGCUAGGUUAUUGGUGAAAUUAGUGCAGCUGAAGUGGGGCUGGACCUGCCAUAACUCCACUUGGGUUGGAAAAAAGGCUUGAUGGAAGGUGCAGCCAGGUUCUCUAACUGGUCUCCAAGGAAGGAGUUGUAGUGGGCAUAGAUCUAACUCCUCGGUGCUUGGGCUGGCCCCUAGUUCCCCUGCCUUGAAGCCAAUACCAUAAGAAUUUGUCAAUGUCUCUCUAAAAUGCUAUUGCUUUUCUUUGCCUGACACAACCUGACCUUCAGAUUGGGGCUUGUAUAUUUAGCUCUGCUAAUUUGGUUUCAAGGUACAUAUUUAACCUGCACAUGUUCUUAUUACUGAUUCCUUUGGGCAUCCUUUCUGGUUUCUUCCGAUUGUUAGCUGUGCUUGCUUGGUGCCAUUUGCCUUGAUGACAGAGCAUUGAAUGUGACCCUGUGAAUUCUGAGCGGGCCCUUUUUGAUGAUUCUGAAAAUAAAAACUACAAUUAACAACACAGUAUAGCAGACCUAUUAAACAACAUAUUUCUCCUUGAAAUUGUUGAAGCAGAAAGGAAAAAGAUUGUUUUCAGUUAGUCUGCACUAUUUUUCCAGAAAUGUACUAAAUUCUUUGUGUGGUAGAACCUUAAACAAAAGCCCAUGCCAUUACAAAUUCUCUCAUGUUGGAAAUAAGAAAGAGCCCAGAAUCCUUCCAGUAUUCACUGAUGUUAAAAGGGAUGUUUCCCCUUGUACUUUGGGUUCAGCCCUUUGAGUAUCUUCUGAGACCCAAGGCUGAGUCUGAUAUUUUUUGUUUCUUCUUUCUACAGUCCCACCGCAAAUUCUCUGCUCCUAGGCAUGGCCACUUGGGCUUCCUUCCUCACAAGAGAAGCCGUCGCCACCGAGGGAAGGUGAAGACAUGGCCUAAGGAUGACCCCAGCAAACCAAUCCAUCUGACAGCUUUCAUGGGCUACAAAGCUGGCAUGACACACACUCUGCGGGAGGUGCACAGGCCUGGACUCAGGAUCUCCAAGAGGGAGGAGGUGGAGGCUGUGACCAUCAUUGAGACCCCACCAAUGGUGGUGGUGGGAGUUGUGGGAUACAUAGAUACACCAAAGGGCUUGAGGAAUUUCAAGACUGUUUUUGCUGAGCACAUCAGUGAUGAGUGCAGACGACGUUUCUAUAAGAACUGGCACAAGAGCAAGAAGAAGGCUUUCACCAAGUACUGCAAAAAAUGGCAGGAUGAGGAUGGCAAGAAGCAGCUGGAGAAAGACUUUGCAGCUAUGAAAAAGUACUGCAAGGUCAUUCGUGUCAUCAUGCACACACAGAUGAAGCUGCUUCCACUGAGGCAAAAGAAAGCCCACGUGAUGGAGAUUCAGCUGAAUGGUGGAACAGUGGCUGAGAAGAUUGAUUGGGCCCGUGAGAGGUUGGAGAAGCAGAUCUCUGUGCACAGCGUCUUCAGCCAGAACGAGAUGAUUGAUGUCAUUGGUGUGACCAAGGGGCAUGGGAUGAAAGGGGUGACAAGCCGUUGGCACUCCAAGAAGCUCCCCAGGAAGACACACAAGGGUUUGCGCAAAGUUGCCUGCAUUGGAGCCUGGCACCCAGCCCGGGUUGGCUACUCCGUUGCUCGUGCUGGCCAGAAGGGCUACCACCACCGCACAGAGCUCAACAAGAAGAUUUUCCGUAUUGGCCGUGGGAUCCACGUGGAAGAUGGCAAAGUGGUGAAGAACAAUGCCUCAACAAACUAUGAUGUCACGGAGAAGAGCAUUACACCUCUGGGUGGCUUUCCUCACUACGGGGAGGUCAACAAUGACUUCCUCAUGCUGAAAGGCUGUGUUGUGGGCCCGAAGAAGCGUGUGCUCACUCUGAGGAAGUCCCUUCUGGUGCAUACACGCCGCCGAGCUCAUGAAAAUAUUGAACUCAAAUUCAUUGAUACCACUUCCAAGUUUGGCCAUGGCUGCUUCCAGACAGCUCAGGAGAAGCGUGCAUUCAUGGGUCCUCAGAAAAAACACCUGGUGAAAGUGAAGCCAGGUGCGCAAGAAGAGCUGUAAGGGAUGAGAUACACAAGGCUUCCUAAUUGGACAAACUUCAAUAAAGGGUCUUCAAGCUGUGCCUGCUGCCUGUCUUCCUUCUGAAGGAGUGUCUUGCCGUGUACACUGCUUCCUAUGGGCAGCAGUGUGUCCUCAAGCACCUCAGCCACUGGAGAUGGUACAAGUAGCACUUGGGACAGGUUCUCAUGGAGAGAGACUACCUAGGAAUCUAAGUGUCUACUCUG